AUGCUUUCACGGAGACAGAUCAAUGUACAGAGGGAAAAUAUUUCUUCAAUGUGCAGGAUAUCAGUGAAGUCCCUCCUUGACUAUGCUUGCCUGUACACCCAUGUGGAUGAUGACUGUGAGGAGUUUAUCAACUUCUGUGCUGUCUUUGAACAGUUGGUCUCGCACAGACUUCGCCCAUACCAAAAGAAGGUGUGGCUGCCCGGUCAGGGGUCACCGAGACACUUCUGGGAUGUCCUGCUGGAGAACUACACCAGAAAUCGUCAGUUUCUCUUUGAGAGCUGCAUCCCAAACAUUGAAGCCAUAGAAGCAUUCAAGUCACCAAAGGCAAAGUUAAGAGCUUUCAUCCGAGUGGCUCUAAUGGAGAAGAGGUUAUCUGAUUAUAUGUUCUGUUUGCUGGAUAAUGCAAGCUUGAUAUGUGACAGCUAUCUUGAUGGGGCCUUGUUGGCAUCUGAAGAAGCAGCUGUCCUUUGUGGCGAUCUGAUUGGGCUGAAUGCUGUUGACUUCAACUUCUGUUUGAAAGGCAAUGAGAAUGAGUUACUUGGACCACUUGAGAUCAGCUACAGCCCUUUCUUAAAGUACAGACAGACAUUGGCCAGCAGAUACACUGAUGACAUAGAGAUGCUGCGUUUGAGUGGAAAGGAUGCAGAUGAAGAUAUGCAUCCGGGUACCAUCUUGACAGAAAGUAAUAUUAAUGAUAUUUUAAGACUUCAGAGCCUGGAGAAAAAUGUCAACCAAAUCAAAGAACAGAAGGAUUAUCUGGAAGAACUGGUGAGAUUACGUGAAAGACAGAUAAAAGAAACAAACAUCAAGAUGGAAAACAUGAAACUUGAGCACAACAUGGCAGAAAGGAGCUGGCAGAAGGAGUGCAGAACGAUGGACGCUUGUAUUCUGGAACUUCAAGCUGAACUUGGAAAACUACGAAAACAGAAUGAGUCCUUGUCAGCCCAGGUGAUGUCGCUGAAACAGUUCAAGCAGAGAAUGGAGAUGACAGAGGUUCCACUGAUUGAUAUGGCCAUGGGAGAUGACAGGGCGAUGGAUAAGUCAGAGGGGCUGGUGGAGAUGGAGCAGAUAGAAGAAAGGCUCAGCAUGACGCGUUCAGCCAUGAAGAAGAAACAAACUCCAACACCAUCUGACCAAAGAAGUAUGAUAUCCUUGACCUCUGACCUUACAACCUUCCAAGAAGACUCUCAGAGUAUGUUCCCACUCACAGGAUCACUUGUUGAUAUCAGCUGGUCUCAAUUUACCGCUGAGGCAAAGAAGUAUUCGAGAGAGGAAACCAUUUCUAAAACAGAGGAACAUCUUCAUUCAGAGAACAUUGUACCUGACAAGAAUAUAAGGGAAAUCUCUGAAACCGAGUAUGUUUGUCGUGAACAUUCAGAAGAGCUUCAUCCUUUCAAAGACUCUGAGGUGUUUAUGAAAGCAAGCACACUAGCUGAUAGUAGUGAAUACAUCUUAGUGUCAGAUGUUAACUCACAGCUUGCAGACAAGGAUCAGACAUCCAAUUCUGAAGUCUACACGGGGAUAGCCGCUUCAGCUAAAGAACAUUCUCCAGAGAGUGUUGCAGAAGAAAAGACCAGUUUUGCACCCAAAGACAGAGAGGAAGAGGCUGAAAUUAUGACUUCAAAUGAAACUGAAGCAUUGGCUGAAGAGCAGGCAUGGCCAGAUGCUUCUAAAGUUGAUGCUGCUGUAUCAAGUAGUUAUGUUGUGAUGGAAGACAAUAUGGAGGAAGAAUCAAAUUCUUCAGGACAAGGUCAGAAUCCUCUAAAUUUUGAGAAUUCAUCUGAGAUGUUGAUGGAUACUCCUGAGACUGUGGAAGAAGACAGAAAACUGAGCAUAGAUUCUGUUGAAGUUGUGCCGGAGCAACAGAACAUUAUGGCAACAUCUGGGAGCAGCAGUGGGGUAGAGUCCGAGAAAGAUGAAGAAGGUGUCAUGUCAGAGCCAGAGAUUGUUAACCCCAGUAACUCUAGCAGUGAUAGCAGUGAUGCAGCCUGGGAAAUCCUUUCUGAUUCAGAGAGUAAAGGGGAAAACUGA